AUGGCUGAACAAUUGACAAAAGAACAAAUCGCUGAAUUCAAGGAGGCUUUCUCUCUCUUCGACAAAGACGGAGAUGGAACCAUCACCACCAAGGAACUCGGUACCGUCAUGAGAUCUCUCGGUCAAAACCCUACUCAAGCUGAGCUUGAGGAUAUGAUCAACGAGGUCGACGCCGAUGGAAACAACUCUAUCGAUUUUGCCGAAUUCAUGACCCUUAUGGCUAGAAAGAUGCACGACACUGAUUCUGAAGAUGAAAUCCGAGAGGCUUUCAAGGUCUUUGACAAAAACAACGACGGUCAUAUUUCCGCUGCUGAAUUGAAACACGUCAUGACCAACCUCGGUGAGAAGCUCUCCGACGCUGAGAUUAGCGAGAUGAUCAGAGAGGCAGACAAGGACGGUGAUGGAAUGAUCGACUACAACGAAUUCGUAACAAUGAUGAUGGCUAAGUAA